AUGAUGAUGUCUGCCGCUGCCUUGCAAAUCCAAGAGCUGGAAGAUGAGGAUUCACAAUGGGGUGGUUCCUCGGAAGGUCGUACUUAUAAGGCCAGGGAUCGAGAGCUUAUGGAUCUUCGACUCAAAGCUCAAUACUUCAAGGAUCCGUGCAGGUAUGAACAAAACAUAUUUCGUAGGCGAUAUAGAAUGCAACCUUGGGUCUUUGACAGGAUGAUGCGCGACGUGGCCAACUACGACCCAUAUUUUGUUCAGACAAGAGAUGCUACUGGGAGAGUCAGCUUGUCCACUGAACAAAAGCUUACAUGUGCCAUGAGGAUGCUCGCGUAUGGCAUCACAGCUGACUUCUGCGAUGAUUACCUAGAUAUUGCGAAGUCCACUGCUAUUGAGAUUUUUGAACACUUCACGAAAGCAAUCUGGAAUGUGUACCAUGAGACUUACCUCUGCCAACCAACACCGGCAGAUUUGCGACGGCUACUCGACAAAGCUGCAGAAAGGGGAUUCCCGGGGAUGAUCGGGAGCCUUGAUUGUAUGCACUGGCAGUGGAAAAAUUGCCCCAGCGGAUGGGCAGGGCAAUAUACUGGCUACAAGGGGAAGCCGACAAUCAUCUUGGAAGCGGUGGCCUCCUACGAUACUUGGAUUUGGCACGCCUUAUUCGGACUUCCAGGUUCCCUGAAUGAUAUUAACGUCCUUGGAUGUUCACUGUUGUUCAAUGAGGCCUGCCUUAGUGAAACCCCUGAAGUGAGCUACCAGGGGUCAUUCGUACAAGCAAUUAGAAACCUGAGGAGUCCGCAGACACAACAUUUAACAAGGAUGCAAGAAGCAUACAGAAAAGAUGUGGAGAGAGCAUUUGGUAUUCUCCAAGCUCGUUGGGCAAUCAUAAGAGGACCAGUUCGUGGGUGGAGUAAGGAGAACCUUCAAUACAUCAUGAUGACGUGUAUUAUCUUGCACAAUAUGAUUGUUGAAGAUGAACAUGAUGAAGAUGAAGCAGAGCCAUUUGAUCCGGAUGAUAUCCCAACCAGACCAAAGAAAGCAGAGAUAUAUGCCAGACCAGUAAUUGACACCGAUGUUGAUCGCAAUCCGCAACAACUAAAUCAAUUCUUGCGUCGUUAUAGGAAGGUUAGAUGUCCAGUGAUGAAUAAAAACCUCCAAGACGAUCUAGUCGAUCACCUAUGGACCAUGAAGCUACAAGCUGAUCAGAACCGCCAGUGA